UUUAAAGGCACUGGUGACAGUGCUAGUGAACUGUAGCAUCGCUUCAGUGAAAGUAAAAAAGUACGGGUCUACGGUUUAACAAUAACAAAAGGCUGGAAAAGUUCCUAUGCUGUCCUUCGAGUUUCUUUCCAAGUAAAACGCUAUCGAUUAACACAGCAGCUGCUCAAGUUUUUUGGAUCAUUGUUGGUUCAAAAAUAGUUAGCACGUAGGCUAACUAAAAAGCUACGACUACGUGAGUCGUUUGUAGAUAGCCUAUCAACUAUCUGCUGAAUGUGAAAUGCAAACAUAUGUUUCCCUUUAUUGGCAUGCAUUAAAUUUUUAGUGUGAUAACGAGUAAGUUAAUGGGCUACGUUAGUAAUUACGUUCACAACUAAAGCACUGGCAUCUACUUUCUAAGAAUAGAUUGCGUUAUGUAUGGCUGCGCACCAUUUUUUAGGAUUUGUUCAUCUACUGAAAAAGGGGCUGUAUAAGAAUCAAGUCUGUGCAAAAAACAGCACCUUAUUUUUGGCGUCAGCUCAAGUUGUCCUAAUGACUGCACUGACAGACUUAGAACCUUUAGCAAAAAGACUAAAGGUGGAAACAAGUGCUCCAUUGUCAUCUUCAUCUUCUCGUGGAGGCUCACUUUCGAGUAGUCAGAGCGUCGGUGCUGCGACUUCAGAUCAAGAAAGAAUGGAAAAUAAAACCGAGACAAAGGUGGCAAUAAGGCCAAAAACAAGUAGGGCAGGUGACUUACGAGGUGUCAAAAUGAAAGGUCGCCUUCAAAGAAUUGGUCCCAGACAGCAACAAAAGUUCAGAAAUACUCUUGAAAGAUGGUUGAUCAAACCAGUGGAAACCUCGAGUACAGGAGAUGUGUGCCAAACCCAAAAUGAUGAAGAAAUGAUGGAUGAUGAUGGUUUUCAAAGCACCUCAGCCCAGUCUUUAGACUCCAAAGAAGCUGAAAUACUUUUUGUCACUGACACAGAUGAAGAAACCCAGCCAUUAACUCCAACAGACUUAGAUCAAGAUCCUCCUGUAUCACCAGCUUCCAAAGAUUCUGCAGGGAGUGAUCUUACACCAACAUUGCUUCAAAGUGAUGGUGAUUUAGAAAAAACAAAAAUGGACACAUGCCCAUCAACCUCCGAUGGUUCAGUCAAACUAAAUUCUAAAAUUACAGACUUCUUUUCGGGGGUGUCAUCACCAGAUUUUCCUGUGAAACGACGCAGAUCAGAAAAGUCUCCAGAGAAACAAGGUACAGAAAAGGAAACUAACCCUUCUGAAGUCAGUUGGCUCGGGACACCAAUAAGUGAGCUAAAGAGGAUGCCAGAAUGUGGUGAACCACUUUCUCCGCUGAAGGAUGUUCCUGGCCAUCACACCGUGAUGAUUAGGACAGAUCUUCUUAAAAAGGAUAAAGUUCCUGUUCCAUAUCCCACUAGAUUUCAGGAUGCGUGGAAUGAUGUACAUGUCAAGAUGCCUUGUUCCAGCAGGAACUUAUUUCCUAUAGAAGAUGAGGAAACACAAGAACUGCAGAAUAAAAGUCGGUGGGAGCUGAUCAAGGAAACUUUAAACAAGACAUUUACAAAUCCACAUGAGCUGAAGAAUGCAAUGUUGAAGUACAGUCCAUCACAUGCCAAGAAAUGGGACUUCACAGCGCUUCAUUUGUAUUGCACAAAGGUCCUGGAGCCUGAUGCUGCUGAACAUCUGUUUGAGUCCCUGCUGCCAGACAUGGUGCAAUUAGCGCUGAGAGCAUCUGAGCUCUGUACCAAGCCAAUACCCCUCCUCAAGGCAGGCAUGAACCACUCCAUCACCAUGUCUCAGGAGCAGGUGGCAUGUCUGCUCGCCAACGCCUUCUUCUGCACCUUCCCCCGACGGAACUCUAGAAAGACGGAGUACUCCAACUACCCAGACAUUAACUUUUUCAGGCUUUUUGAGGGGUCCUCUGCAAAGAAGAUUGAAAAGCUGAAAACCCUUAUGUGCUAUUUUAAAAGUGUCACUGAGAAAAUGCCUACAGGUCUUGUAACAUUCACCCGAAAAAGUCUGGAUAAACCACCAAAUUGGAAAAGCUCACAGACUCCACUCACAAAGCUUCACAUCACCUGUGAAGGAACCAUUGAAGAUGAUGGUUAUGGAAUGCUUCAGGUGGAUUUUGCAAAUCGGUUUGUGGGAGGAGGGGUCACUGGGUCCGGUCUGGUUCAAGAGGAAAUACGUUUCCUUAUUAACCCCGAGCUAAUUGUUUCUCGUCUUUUCACUGAAGCACUGGAUCAUAAUGAAUGUCUGAUUAUCACAGGAACACAGCAGUACAGUAAAUACACAGGAUAUGCACAGACCUACCAGUGGGGUGGCAGCCAUUUGGACACAACUCCAAGUGAUGGCUGGCAGAGAAGAUGCACCUCGAUUGUGGCCAUUGAUGCGCUGCAGUUCAGGAACUUUCUUGAACAAUUUCGCCCAGAUCGACUCAACCGAGAACUUAACAAGGCUUACUGUGGCUUUGCACGCCCUGAAGAAAAAAGUCAGAACCUUGCAGCAGUUGCGACAGGAAACUGGGGCUGUGGGGUUUUCGGAGGUGACACACGUCUGAAAGCUCUGCUCCAGAUGCUGGCAGCUGCUGAGGCGGGCCGAGAUGUAGCCUACUUCACCUUUGGUGACAGCCAGCUCAUGACAGAUGUCCACAACAUGCACUCUUUCCUCAUUCAGAAGAACAUCAGUGUUGGAAAGGUGUAUGAUCUCUUGGGGCAGUAUUACAGCUCAGAGUGCAAGAACUGCCUUGGUCGACGCCCUGACGUCAGCCUCUAUUCCUUCAUCUACCAGCAGGUCAACUCCUCCGUGGCGCCUGAUGACUCCAACAUGGGUUCAGCCAGACAACACGCACCCACUGACUGCCAUUAAAGUUAGGUGGCUGAUGAGUCACCGUGACUUGCCUUCAAAAAAUGAACAUUAAAUGAAUAAAAUAUUUUCAGUUCCUUUUCUUUAGCUUUUUUUUUAAAAAAAACAACAAACUAUUUUCUUUUGUUCGUAUGAUGGUGGGUGUACCAGAUGUGGUUUUAACCACAGGCUGAUGAAAAUGAUAAUGAAGGUCUAGCAUGCAUACCCUUUAAAAAAGGCAGGGGGUGGUUAGUUAUGGCCGUGUCUGGCACUGUACUCCAAGAUGUGUUCAUUUGGCUGUAGCUGGUAAUACUGCAGUAGAUUGAGCUUCAGUGUGACGCGAUUGUGAUUUUAAUGGUGAAGCAAAGGUUGCCAUCCAUCUUCUCAGUUUGUCAUGUUGCCUAUUUUUUUACACCAACACAUAUCCAGCCUAAUUGAAUUGGCUGUCAGAAAUCAAGUUAGAGGAAAAGAGUAAUAAGAAUUGUGUGUUGGAAAGCUUGGAGCGGUCCCAGAAAAGCGGUUUGAUUUAAAGAGCAGCCUAUUUCUCGGCAAUAAUCGCUUAACUUCUGUGUUUAUUUAUUUGCAGUCAUUGAAAAUGGAUCCAUUCAGAUUACAUUGUGUUGGGUAUUGCUCUGUUUGUGAUUGCAAUUAAGAUAUUAAAAAUGGAUUGUUUGCAUCUUC